AUGGUUUCCCUUGAGACAACCAUACGUGACGCAUUCCUUGAGGGAAAGCAAGUAGUCGCUGUAUUUUUUGACCUGAAAAAAGCAUAUGACACAGCGUGGCGGAGAGGCAUCAUUAACACUUUCCAGGCAUGGGGAGUGAGUGGUAAUAUGCUGGCUUUCAUUCAGGGGUUCAUGUCUGACCGUACAUUUCAGGUUAGACUAGGGACAAACCUAUCCAGCACAACCAAUCUGGAGAACGGGGUACCACAGGGAAGCGUUUUGAGCUGCACGUUAUUCGCCGUCGCCAUAAACGGCAUAACGGCUUGUGUCCGCCAUCCUGUACGCUGUUCUUUGUUUGUGGACGACUUCGCCGUUUACGUCUCUGCAAGAAGACUUGUUACGGCGGAGCGUUCCCUGCAGCUAACUAUAAAGCGAAUAGAGGAAUGGAGUAGACGGACGGGAUUUUCGUUCUCUACUUCCAAAACCCAAUGUAUAACAUUCUCCAGACUAAGAAACUAUUUAGAACCGUCACUUACUUUGAACAGAUCCCGAAUAACAUCAAGUCGGACUGUGAGAUUCUUGGGUCUUACAUUUGAUUCCCGACUUACAUGGAUCCCUCACUUAAAAACCCUUAAGGCAAAAUGUCUACAAAGGCUAAAUAUGCUUCGAGUUCUUACUGGGACCAAGUGGGGCGCGGACAGGACAUGUAUGCUGCGUUUCUACAAAGCUUUUGUCCGUUCGUGCCUUGACUAUGGUUCUCAGGUUUAUUCUUCUGCCCGGCCAAACGCGUUAGGAAUGCUUGAUUCGAUUCACCACUCUGCGAUCAGGUUGGCUACUGGAGCUUUUCGUUCAAGCCCUACACCUAGCUUAUUAGCGGAGGCUAGUGAACCAAUGCUGGAUAUGAGACGCAAGCAACUUGCCAUAAAUUAUUUUCACUCCCUUAAAGCCAAGCCCGAAAAUCCGGCAUAUGAACACGUAUUUGAAAAUUACUUGAUCGAAGUCUAUGCUAAUCGCCUUAACAUCUCAGCUCCAUUUGGACUAAGGGCUAAAGCGCUUCUCCCGGACCUUGGUAUCGAGGAGUACCAAGUAAGCCAAUGCUACCAGAGUGAUAUCCCUCCCUGGUUAGUAUUAAGUCCCGAAGUUGACCUGUCACUUCACAAGUACAAGAAAGAAAACACUUCUAAUUUAGUGUUCACGCAGGCUUUCCGGGAACUCCUGAGUGCUCGGGCACCUUGCGACAUAAUUUACACUGAUGGAUCUAGGUCUGAGAAUGGCACCGGAUGUGCGUUCAUAACGGCGAGUCGUGAGUAUAGAUUCUGUCUGCCCUCUGUAGCGUCAGUCUACACGGCAGAACUGACCGCUAUUUUGAAAGCAUUGAACAUCGUCUGCCCCAGGACCAGAAGGCUGGUCAUCUGCUCCGACUCGCUUAGUAGUCUGCAAGCAAUCAAGGACAUGUAUCCAAAACAUGUCCUUGUGCGCGACAUCCGAUGUGCUAUUCACAGACUUCAAGUCCAAAAUAUACAGGUUGUUCUGGUGUGGGUGCCCGGCCAUGCGGGAAUUCCCGGAAAUGAGCUUGCCGACAAGGCUGCUGGGAGUGCUCAUGAGCUUCCUCCUUUUACUGCUAUGGUGACAGGGUCAGACCUAAAACCAAUGGUGAAGGAGAAGUUAAGACGAGUUUGGGGUGAUUCUUGGUCUCGGACGGUGUGCAACAAGCUGAGAGCCAUAAAACACACAGUAGCUCCCUGGGGGACAGCCAUCCGCGAGAACCGCAGAGAGGAAGUAGUGCUGUGUCGGUUGCGAAUCGGUCACGCGCUGCUGACUCACGGGUACCUCAUGAGCCGGGGGGAUCCCCCGGAGUGUGCGCGUUGUGGAGUGGCUUUGAGUGUUGAGCAUAUUUUGGUCGAAUGCCGUAAUUAUGCAACGCUAAGACGAUCUUGUCAGCUCCCAGCAAGUCUAUUCGAUCUGUUGGGGGAUGAUGAGUCAGUCAUUGUAAAGCUUUUUGAAUUCUUAAGAAGAACGAGUCUUAUCUCAAAGAUUUGA